UGACUUUCGAAAAGUGAACUACCAUUCUACCGCUGACGCGAAACAAACAGCCGUUACAUCUCCCAACAAGCAGUUGGGGACUCUCAGUCAAACUUUUGGUCAAUGAACUACCAUUCUACUGCUGACGUGGCAUCCAUCUCUACUACUCUUCUCUUUUUCUCUGCCAAGUUAGAUGCUUCCGUGGUUAAAACGUAAUCUUCUAUAAUCCCGGUUUCACGGUCCAUUCUCUCACACGACGGCCUGUUACGAAUGCCACCACCACAGCCUCCCUUGGACCUUGCACCUCAGUCGGAAGUUCCAAUCAUCAAGUCACCUGUUAGAAAUCAACGGCUGAAGUUCUUCCUCUGAUUAAAUUUAAAUUUAAAAUUAAAUAGACCUUGCCGUGACAUUUUCUUUUUAGCUUUAUAAAGAAAACAAAAAAUUUGCCAACUGCCUUAAGCAAAAUGUCGGUUUUGUUUCGUUUUCUUUUCAUCCAAACAGAAACCCAGCCCCAUCCUCCCAAAAAGCAAUGGUUUUUUUCAUUCAUUUGAAAAAAUUUCUCGGGUUAUUUUUUCUUUGAAUUGAAAAACAAAUUACAAUUCUCUGAUUUUCUUCGGGAACAUUGUGACAACAGGUUAUCGAUACUCUAGCUUUUCUUUGAGUAUUGCGGCUUGUUUUCCUUCGCCUUUGUUUAAUUCAGUCAAUUAUUAACUGCUUUUUUUUCGAUUGCAAUUAGGGCUAAGUAGUUUUCUUGAUUGGUUGCUGGGAAAACCCAGGAAAACGCGGUUUUAAGUGAUCGUAUGUUUUUAGCAAAAUAUAAUUUCAGUCGUGGUCCCCUAGGCUUCUUUCUUUUCCUUUUUUAGGCAAGCAAUCAAUUUUCAUGUUAGGACUGUAUAGUGGAAAUGAGCUGAGAAAGGAUAAUCGCAUUGUAAUGUGGUAAUUUUUGUGUGCUCAUUCUGGGGCAAUCUUGUGGCAACAAAAGAAGGGCAAUUGUUCUUUGCAAAAGUGGUAGUUUGACAGCAGUGGUAUUCUUACAAUUUGCAGAAGGAAAACAUAUAUUGAGCAACUGAAGAACAAAGCUUGGUAAAUGUAUAUCUUGCCUUAUAGAUUCUUCUGCAACUUAAGAUUUUGAUCAGCACGCAUUGGUUUCUUGGACUGUUGAAUAAGAUUCUUGCCUACUACUGCUCCAUGGGAUGGCGAGGUGUCUUCUAUUCUUCACUUUUCCUUCUCACCCUAGUCGAAUCAUCAAGCAGAUCAGAGAAAAUAUUGUUGCCAUACCUGGGCGCACAGAAAGCUGUAGAAUUCAGCUGGCCUGUCUUCAGUGCAAGCAUAUUUGUGUUUGUUGCUCUUGUCCUCUCUAUGUACCUUAUCUUUGAGCAUUUAGCUUCUUACAAUCAACCAGAGGAGCAGAAGUUUUUGAUAGGACUCAUUCUGAUGGUUCCUGUUUAUGCCCUGGAAUCGUUUUUAUCACUGUUGGACUCUGAUGCCGCUUUCAAUUGUGAAGUAAUUCGGGACUGUUAUGAGGCUUUUGCAUUGUAUUGCUUUGAGAGAUAUUUGAUAGCUUGUUUAGGUGGGGAGGAGCGUACAAUUGAAUUCAUGGAAGGUCAGACACUAAUCACUGCCAGCACCCCUCUUUUAGAAGAUGCAUAUUCGUAUGGAGUUGUUGAACAUCCUUUUCCUUUAAAUUGCUUCCUAAAGGAUUGGUAUCUUGGUCCCAAAUUCUAUCAUGCUGUAAAGAUCGGAAUUGUUCAGUAUAUGAUAUUGAAGAUGAUAUGCGCACUGCUGGCAAUGAUUCUGGAAUCCUUUGGAGUUUACGGAGAAGGAAAGUUUGAAUGGAGAUACGGCUACCCAUACUUGGCUGUUGUUCUUAAUUUCAGUCAGACCUGGGCCCUAUAUUGUCUUGUACAGUUUUAUGCUGUUAUUAAGGAGAAGUUGGAACCAAUUAGACCACUGGCCAAGUUUCUGACGUUCAAGUCAAUUGUAUUCCUGACUUGGUGGCAAGGUGUUGCCAUUGCAUUUCUUUUCUCUAUGGGAGCUUUUAAGGGGUCAUUGGCUCAGGAAUUGAAAACACGAAUACAAGACUAUAUUAUCUGUAUUGAGAUGGGUGUUGCUGCUGUUGUGCAUCUUUAUGUCUUCCCAGCGGUAUCUUACAAGCGUGGAGAAAGAUGUGUUCGUAAUGUAGCUGUUAUGACUGACUAUGCUUCUCUGGGAACACCACCAGAUCCUGAGGAGGUCCGAGACUGUGAAAGAUCUACUAGGAUGCGCUUGGGUCGCCAUUAUGAGAGAGAGAAGCAUUUAAACUUUCCCCAGAGUGUUCGUGAUGUGGUCUUGGGAAGUGGUGAAAUUAUUGUUGAUGACAUGAAGUAUACAGUUUCACAUGUUGUUGAACCAGUUGAAAGGGGAAUUGCUAAAAUAAAUGAGACCUUCCAUCAGAUAUCUGAAAACGUGAAACGCCACAAGGAGGAGCGAAGGAGGAGCUCUAAGGAUGACAGUUAUCUUAUACCCUUAAAUUCAUGGAAUAGAGAAUUUUCUGAAGCUCGUGAUAAUCUUGUUGAAGGCAGUGCUAGUGACGGUGGUCUGGCCAAUGGGAAGAAAAAUCAUGUCCAUCCUAAAGCUGCGGCAUCCGGGAAACGAACUGCCAGAUAAUAUUUGCAGCUGUUUAUCGCCAUGGGAGUUAUCAAAAGGUAUUUGUUUCAUCAUGGUUUCUUUCUGGACAAUGUCAAAGAUACCCGGCAUGUGUAUGCAAAUUUGAAUCUUAGAUUUUUUUUUCCCACUUGCUCUUUUUAAAAUGCUACCUGUUUCUUGGGUUAAGAACUUGGGAGGGCAUGACCUCGAUACUUUCUAACAUCGGAAAUAUAUAGAGUAAGAUCCUGACUAAACUGCAAAAUUUUGCUGCAGUUUGGUGAAUGUAUAGAACUCACUUUUCUGAACCGGUGUAAAUUAUGAUGAUAUAUUCACUCCAUUAUAAAAGCAAGAU